AGUUCUUGCUCGAAGGGUAGGCCGUCCAAUCCUCUGCAGGCAUGCUUCCUCUGAAGUUAGGCUCGUAGAGUUCAAUGGGGUGGUUGGCUCUCCGGCAAGUGCCUCCCGACGUGCAUGACUCCUCCCCAGCCCAGGCGUUCGGAGUCCGCAGGGGGUGUGUGCUGCUCUCUCAAUGGAACCAUUCAGCCAGCGUGGGGAACGUGGCUCUUCUUAGCCACGAAAGGCCUGAUUGGCUCCAGUUCCCAGACGGGCCAGCGGCGGUUUCUGACUAUUGCGUGGGGCUGGGGGGACACCAAGAACCUUAUAAGAAGAGGGUGAAAACAUUUGAGCAGCCUUCCUCACCAGUGCCAGAAGAGCCAGAGCCUGUGAGCUGUGUCCUGCAAGGAGAUGACAUCCAGGCUUUGGCUAUCAAGUUGGAAGACUUGGGAAAGCUCCGCACUGCACACCCUCUUCCGGAAGAGAAACCUACCGUAACCAAGAAGUUCCUCAUCCGCAGACCCAGGCCACAAGAAGUUGGGAAGAAAGCACAAUUCCUGGUUGCCUAUCCUGCUGUCACAGAUGAAUCCGAAAAAUCAUUGCAUUAUUCUGGUGUAGAAGGACCCAUAGUUGAUAUUGAUGGACAUAUCAUCCCCCACAGUAUCUUAGGAACGCUCCAGGAAUUCAAGCAAGAAGCUUUGGCAAGAGGACACUCUCAAGUAGCAAGACUGGUUCCUGAUGCUCCCCCGCUGUCUAACAUAGCAUCAGUUUUUGAGAAGAGUCGAGAAAAACAUGUGGAGGAAAGGAAAGCAACCCAGCCACUUUCCUCACAACACAUGGCUCUGGCGAACUGGCAGCACAAUAUGGCACUCAGGAAGAAACAGCAGAAAAAGCUGUGUAAACAUCUGCACAAAUCAGAAAGCGAGCUGCUGAUGAACUUUUCAGAUAAUUACAGGAAAAUUCAGGAAGAGCGUACUCUAAUUGAACGCAGUCUCUGUACUCUCUACUCUGGAAAGUACUACUGUACAGGGAAUGAAUUCUGGACUGAGCCUGUGCACAUUGGAGAUGAGCUCACUGGUCUGACGGUGACAUUGGGUCUCAAUGAACUUGGCUACCUAGAAGAAGUCACUCAUGUCGGAAAACCUCGCAGCAUCUACAUGGAGAUGGGCACCAGACCUGCAAAAUUCCCCCCUUUCUAUCGCACUUGGGAGAAGAGCCUGUUUCUGAUGCAGCGACGGAAGGAGUUAAAGGAGGUCUUGGAAAAGAUGGAUUUUCAUCGCCCGGACUUGGAUGGCCUAGAAGUCAUAAGUAGAAAUCAUCCUUUCGUCAGUGUGUCAACACAGAGUUUUUCACCCUAUGAUGAGGAUAAAGCAAGUGUUGUACAGAAAGCAAGCAAGGAUCAAUUAGAAGAAUAUCCAGAUGUAUUUUCAGAUCACGUGUUGGGUCCAUCUCUGAAUUUCUGUGGAGAACCAGCUCGUUGGAUAAAUACAACUUCUCAUGAGGGUGAAGUUGGCAUUGCUGCCCGAGUCACAUUUGAAAUUUUGGUAGGGGAGAAAGCAGAAUCCUGUCUCACAGUGAGCAAUGAUGGCACAGUUGCUAUCUGGUAUGAUUGGAAGAGGCAGCCUCAGCCUUUUACCUUUCCAGAGAGAAAGAGGAAAAGGGUGCAGAAUUUUUACUUUAACACCAGAUCAGGAGUUAUCCUCCCUGGUGAAACCAAGAAGUUUUCCUUCAUCUUCAAGUCAAUGGAUGCAGGAAUCUUCAGUGAGUCCUGGCAGUUUGGGACUCAUCCUAGGUUACUAGGAGGGGCUGUGUUGCAGGUGACUCUGUGGGGAGUUGCUGUGUAUGAAGAUAUAACUUUUGAGCAUAGAGAGGAACUGCAGAAAGAGCUAGAAGACCGAGAAGUUGCUGUCAUAGUGGAGGAGAAUCUGAAGGACCUGCUUGAUCGAAUUCGUACACCACCACAAAUACCAUCUCCUCGUGAUGCAUACGUCACAGAGGAAGAGAUAUUCCACAGAAAGAAUCCAGAGAUUCUUACAACCUCCUUCAAUAAAUCAAGAAGAUACAGUAAAUCCCUCAAUCAGUUUAUACUUCCACUGUAUAUGAAAAAGUUGCACUAUCAGCACCAAGUGGUAAAGGAACUCCACGAUCUGUGGAACAAACUCAUGAAUCCACCUCCCACUCCCGCUCCCCCUCCCUGCAUGUAUGAGGGACAGCGUAGGAGUAUAGGUCCAGAAGAAUUAUCACCACCAAAGAGUGCUGUGGAAUCGCAGCAAAAGAGUAUUGUGGAGGAGACUGUAGAAGGAGGUCGUAGAGGGCGCCGGAAAAGUAGCAACCGAAUUGGUCAAGGGACAAGGAAGUCCAUAGUGGAGGAGCUGAUAGGCCCCAUGAAUGUUACUGUGGUGAAGGAUGUGGACCGAGUGGAGUGGAAUCUUUCCAUCAUGGAUUUUAAAAAGAGUGUGUUGGAAAUGCCUGUGGAAGAAAGCCGAGAAUUUGGCCUGGCCCAGCUCAAUAAAGCAGUAUUGGAGCUUUGUACUGUACAGAUGCCAACUCAGCUGGACCUCCAAUAUCAAAUAUGUUUCCAGUUGUGGUGUGAAGUAAUUGACGGUCUUGUGAGCCACUCACUAGUGCUCAGGUCCCUGCUUGGUAUGCCUGAGAAGGAUACAUAUGUAGAGAUUGUUCCAGAGGAACCAGUUGAGGUAAAACCAGUCAGCGUAAAAGGAGGGAAGGAGGACCGGAGACUUCAGAGAGAAGAGAAGAAGGCUGCUGUGAAGGAAAAAGAAAAGGGAAAGGCAGUCAAAGAGGAACGUCCAAACAGUAGAAAAACCAAAGGGAAGGAAGAAAAAAAAGUUAAAAGUUCCAUAAAGGAGCCAAAGGAACUGUUGGCGUUUUCAGCAGAUGCUCCUGAAGAACUCCCAGAACCGCACCAAGAACAAGUGGAUCCAGUUGUGCAGGAAAAAUAUCAUGAGAAACUUUAUGUUGAAGUCUAUGGGUUGCUGAAUUCAAUGGUGAACAAAAUGGUUUUCCUCUUUGAGCAGCUGAAGAAGGAUGCCCAAGAGGAGAAAAAUAAGGCACCUUUUGUUUAAAUUGUGCUGAUUUUCAUAAUGAAAUAAAAAGUUAAAAGUUAUAUUUAUAUAUGCA